CAAUGUUUCUCUCUUGUGAGGAGGUCCCAGCAAUCACUGACCAGGUUUAUUCACCUCGCCAGUUCUGCUGCAUCAGGUGCCUCAAAAAUAUUCAUUGGCAGUGAGAAUGUGCCUCGGUGUGUGCAGUAAUAGCACAGUUUCAUGUGUGUGAGGUGGCAAAAAAUGAUAGAAGACUGGAGCCCAUUCAGGACAGAAGUAUGACACGACUCUAUGGUCAUAAUAUGAUGGGCUAUAACUAUAACCAGCAUGGCUACAACAAGCUCUUCGCACAGGGCUCGGGGGAUUCGAAUUACAGCCAGCCGUCGUCAGACCUCAGCCUGGACGAGGAACGAGAGGUGGUUCGGAGGGAAACCGAACGACAGGCCCUGUCCCAGCUUGAGAAGGCGAGGCACAAACCGGUGGCGUUUGCCGUGCGGACGAACGUGGCAUACGACGGGACCCUGGACGACGACUCCCCUGUCCACGGCACGGCCAUCUCCUUCGGCGUCAGGGACUUCCUCCAUAUCAAGGAGAAAUAUGAUAACAACUGGUGGAUCGGGCGAUUGGUGAAGGAAGGCUGUGACGUGGGUUUCAUUCCAUCCCCGGUGAAGCUGGAGACGUUGAGACUGCAGCUGGUCUCCCAAGCCAAGGGCUCUUCCCGGCCCUACUCGAGCAAGAGUUCCUCGGCGGGGAACCUGGGAGCCUUGGGAGUGGGAGAUGUCCUCGGAAACAGUAAGGGUGGGCCGGGGAGCUCCUCUCGGGGGUCCACACCACCCACUCCUGCAGGCAUGGAUGUGGAGCCAAGUGCCCUGGACUCAAAUUUGGGUGAAGAUUCUGAUUCGUUGAGCAAUUCCAAGACAGGGAAAUUGACGACACCAGGGAAGGAGAAGCGGAAGCCUUUCUUUAAGAGGCAGGAGAAUAUCCCACCUUAUGAUGUUGUCCCUUCCAUGAGACCUGUUGUCCUUGUUGGUCCCUCACUCAAGGGUUAUGAGGUCACUGACAUGAUGCAGAAGGCUCUUUUUGACUUCCUCAAGCAUAGAUUUGAGGGCAGAAUCAUCAUCACAAGAGUGACAGCAGACAUCUCCUUGGCCAAACGAUCUCUGCUGAAUAAUCCUUCCAAGAGAGCCAUCAUGGAGCGCUCGAACUCUCGUUCAACCUGCUUAGCUGAGGUCCAGGGCGAGAUAGAGCGAAUAUUUGAGCUUGCCCGCACUCUCCAGCUGGUGGUACUCGACUGUGAUACAAUCAAUCAUCCCUCCCAGCUGGCCAAGACCUCCUUAGCCCCCAUCAUUGUGUACUUGAAGAUUUCUGCUCCAAAGGUGCUUCAACGCUUGAUCAAGAGUCGUGGGAAGUCCCAGAGUCGGAACCUUAAUGUCCAGCUGGUGGCAGCUGAAAAACUGGCUCAGUGUUCCCCAGAUCUCUUUGACAUUGUGCUGGACGAAAAUCAGCUCGAAGAGGCAUGCGAACAUAUGGCAGAAUGCCUUGAGGCAUAUUGGAGGGCCACCCACCCAUCAGUGAUGUCCAAUGCCACUCAUGACCCUCAUGACCUAUCGGCAGGGUCUGAUCCUCACAGUCGUGGCACUCCACCUCCAAGAGUUGAGAGUUCUGGCCAAAUACGCCCCCAUCCAGCCCCUGGUGGAUUUGCAGGGAGGCGGGCAUCAGCACGAAUGCCAUCAUCAUCCAUGGACCAAGACGCAGGUUCGUCUCUGGGCUCAGUGAACCGGACGAGUGAACCUAGGAGGCAGUUGCCACAGCCUCCCGUCCCAGAUGAUUAUUAUGUGGAACCACGGGCAACCUACCGCCGCCCUUUCCUACCCUUUGCUCCUGAUCAUGAUUAA